GCUCUGCCAAGCAGGCUCAUCAUGUGCUUCUUGUCUGACGCCCAGUGACGCUUUCUUGUUUCCGGCCACGGAAAAAAAAUAGACGGGCAAUCGUCACGAAACCUAACCCUCGCCUCCGUCUCAACUCUCUCGGUCUCUUCACCUGCUUUCCUUUUCCUGCCAUCUCUCUUUCCACCCCCCGAAUAGACUUUCCCUUACGUUCACGACAAAACGUACACUGUUAACUUCUCCUACUACUCCUCCUCCUCGUCACCUGUCGCGUCCACUGUCGCAAACGGUCAUCGCCCGAGCUCCCCAACAAACACCGUCUCCCACCUAAACCAGCAAACAGCUACCAGCGCUCCAACGGCUGGCUGCGCUCGAGUUCGUCACACAUUUGCCUGCUUCUAGCACCCAUAACUCAAUUGUGACAUAAAAACAAGCUUCUACAUUCUACCCCGCUGCUCAAGUCGCUUGCUGCUUCUGCAAGCACCCCGCGCUGCACCAUGCAGUACGUGCGCAACAUCAGUGAUUCCGUUUCCACGGCAUGGAACUCAAUCAACCCCUCCACCUUGUCCGGUGCUAUUGAUGUCAUUGUCGUAGAACAUGCGGAUGGCAGCCUUGCCUGCUCUCCCUUCCAUGUUCGCUUCGGCAAGUUCUCGCUGCUACGACCCUACGAGAAAAAGGUCGAGUUUCAGGUCAACGGCGUAAAGCAGUCGUAUGCAAUGAAGCUGGCCGAGGGUGGUGAGGCGUUUUUUGUCUUCCAGACAUCAGAGACUAUUCCAGAGUCUAUGCAGACCUCUCCGCUGGUUUCCCCAGCCAGCAGCCCGCCGCUCUCCCCCACUGGUUCUACUUCCCAGCUCGACCCGGAUCUGCUUGACCUUGACAUCGGCACUGAGCAUAAUGACGACGGUAUCAUUACGCCUCUCUCGGAAUCAUCAAAUCUAGUCCCUGUACGCCCAGCCUCGGGUGACUGGUCAGCGGCGCUGGCGCGGCCACGCAGUGACGACGUUUUGAGAUCGACAGCCCGUGCUAGUGAACCACUCGGAGAAGACUUUUACGACGAAAACUCUGAGCGCUCACAGAGCCCCCCUCCUCUUGCUCCCAAGGAGGCUAUGGACCGCGCCAUCGCACUCUCCAAGGGACUUUCGGCUGUCAACAUCCCUAGCCAGGUUACAGAAACGGGCGACAUCAUGCUUGACAUGUCUGGCUUCCGUAGCAGCGAAGAAGAGAUGCUCAAUGCAGAAUUACAAGCGCGCAAGAUUCUAUCAGAAGAACUUGAUGGCAAUUACGACAUUGGUGCGCUGUUCGGUUUCGACGAGGAAGGCAACCUCUGGAUUUACAGCAGUGAGAGGGCCAAGAAGGAAGCCAUGGACAAGACCAUCGAGUCAUCCUUGCAAUCUCAUCGCCGCAACGUUGCUGCUGAUGCUGUGUCCGAUCCUGGCUACCAGAGCGAUGGCAGCGACGUAACAAACUCGGCUCGAAUCCCCACACAUCGUCGAUCAGAGUCUGAUGCUGGGCCACCUGGCUUACAGACGCCGCCGAGAACUCCAACUGAUUCAUUGACUACAGGAGCGCCAGCAAGAAACUAUGCCAAGUCACUUCGUCUUACUAGCGACCAGCUCAAGAGCCUAGAGUUGAAACCCGGAGAGAACAGCAUGAGCUUCUCGGUAAACCGAGCUACCUGUACCGCCAACAUGUAUCUGUGGAAGCAUGAUACACCAGUGGUCAUCUCCGAUAUUGAUGGAACCGUGACGAAAUCCGAUGCCCUUGGCCAUGUGCUGAACAUUAUUGGCAGAGAUUGGACUCACCCUGGCAUUGCCAAGCUUUACAGCGAUAUUGCUCUCAAUGGAUACAACAUCAUGUAUCUGACCAGUAGAUCCGUCGGCCAGGCUGAUACAACCCGCGCUUAUCUCAACGGCAUCGUUCAAGAGGGCUGCAGAAUGCCUCAUGGGCCAACCAUUCUCUCCCCUGACCGGACAAUGGCGGCGCUCCGUCGCGAAGUGUACCUGCGAAAGCCCCACGUUUUCAAGAUGGCUACUCUUCGUGACAUUGCCAAUUUGUAUCCUGCCGAUAACGGCCCAUUCUACGCUGGUUUCGGCAACCGUUUGACGGAUCAGAUUUCCUACCGCACAGUUGACGUGCCGAGAAACCGCAUUUUCACAAUCAACUCCAACUCCGAAGUCUCACUCGAUCUUCUCAGUCUUAACAAGCUCAAGAUGAGCUACGUCCAUAUCAAUGAAGUAGUAGACCACUACUUCCCUUCUGUAGCUACGCUGGUGAAGGGUGGUGGCGAAGACUACACUGAUUUCAAGUACUGGAGAGACGAGCCCCUCGAGCUGGACGAAUUUUCCGCCAGCGAAGACGAAGACGACGACGAGCCCAUUGCCGACGACGGAAGCGAAUACACCGAUGACGAGGAAGACGACGAUGAAAACAACGAGCGUCUAGGUGACAGCUAUAUCUCGCACGGAUCCAUGGACGAAGGACACAACCGCAUGACGGAUUCCAUGGCCAAUAGCUUCGAGGACGAUGCUGACGAAGACGUGGAUGGAGACCUAGAGGAUGAGGAUGAAGGCGAAGAUGAUGACGAAUAUGACGAGCGAGGCGAGGCGGAGGAAAUCGCAGCCAAGAUGACCGCCAAGCUCUCAACCAUGGCCAAUGCUUCCGAGGACGUCAAUGCCGAACUAAUUACGGGUAUUGGCAACCUGUCUAUGGAGCGCAAGUCCUCUUAA